AUGCUGCCGAACCCCCGCCCACGGCGGCGAACCCGUCACGGCGCCCAAUUAUGUGCCAUAUCCGCCGCCCUUCUCCUCCUCAUCUCCGUCUCUCUCCUUCACAGCCGUCUAGGUUUCGACCGCCACUCUCAACACCCUCUUCCCAUCAACGAAGUCGUUUCCAACUCUGAUCUCCUCCUCGAAGACACCGAUCCGGAGGACCGUAACUCCAACACCAAUUCCGACGAUCGAAUCGACGAGCUCGACGACGUCGUUUUGAACUCCUCCAAUUCCAAUUCCAAUUUGGAAGUGGACGAGGAAUUUCCCACAGGGGCAGAUGCGGAAGAAGAAGAAGAAAUCAAUCAAUCUAGGGUUUCAGGUUUUUUCUAUGAUCACAUAAAUGGCGUCGUUCGUAGAGCUAUAAAUAAGCGAAAUAUAGAUGAAUGGGAGGAUUAUGUUAACUUUGAUUCAAAUUCAUUGAGGCUAGGCUUAGGGUUAGAAAGUGGAAAUGAAAAUGAAAAUGAAAAAUCUGAGGGCGUAUUUGGAUCAGACGAUACUCCGGUGGAUGAAAGUAUAAGAAAUAAAGUAGGGGAAGUGAAGAGUAUUGAGGAUGUGCUUUUGUUGAAAGUGGGGUCGAAAGUUUCGCCGUUGAGAGAAGGGUGGGGGGAGUGGUUUGAUAAGAAGAGUGAUUUUCUGAGAAGGGAUAGGAUGUUUAAGUCAAAUUUGGAGCAUUUGAAUCCGCUGAAUUAUCCAAUGUUGCAAGACCCGGACGGUAGUGGAGUGACUAGGUUCACGAGGGGCGAUAGGCUUGUGCAGAAGGGGUUGUUGAACGAGUUCAAGAAAGUGCCAUUUCUUGGGAAGAAGACAUUGGGGAUUGUGGAGGAGGCUCAUGAAUCAAAAACGGAAUGGCUGUUUAAAUCUAAGUCUGAAUUGGUGGAAGAUGGAGUGGGCAAGGUGAUCAAGGAGGAAAAAAAUAGGAAUAAUGUGAAUGUGAAGGGUAAGGAGAUUGAGGGUGCAGAUGAAAGGAGGAGUGGAAUGAAGAUGGCGGAGGGUAGAGCUUUGGAUGAUAAUGAUAAUAGUGGUUUGUCUACUAUAAGAAUUAUCGAUUCUGAUAAGGUUUUGAAUGUAACUAGAGUUGCAAAUUUUUCUUUCAGGAGUGAUAGGAGUGAUGGAAUUCAAAAGCAAAAUGCGGGGGCCCAUGUUAGGAUAAAGUCUGAGUUUUCUGGUCAAGUGUAUGCUGAUGGGAAGAGAUGGGGUUAUUAUCCUGGUUUGCAUGCUCAUCUGUCUUUUUCAAACUUUAUGGACGCAUUCUUUAGGAAGGGCAAGUGUUCAAUGAGGGUUUUUAUGAUGUGGAAUUCACCACCAUGGACCUUUAGUGUUCGGUAUCAAAGGGGUCUUGAGAGCCUUCUCUUCCACCAUCGAGAUGCUUGUGUAGUUGUAUUUUCUGAAGCAAUAGAACUUAAUUUCUUCAAUGGUUUCGUCAAGGACGGUUUCAAGGUGGCUGUUGCAAUGCCGAAUCUUGAAGAGCUGCUGAAAGAUACGCCUACCCAUAUUUUUGCUUCUGUGUGGUUUGAAUGGAAGAAAACAAAAUUUUAUCCUACUCACUACAGUGAACUAGUUCGACUUGCUGCUCUCUACAAAUACGGUGGAAUCUAUCUUGAUUUUGACAUAGUAGUGUUGAAACCAUUAUCUUCACUGAAUAAUACUAUUGGCUUGGAGGAUGUACUAGCCAGAAGCCCAAUGAAUGGCGCUGUGAUGGCAUUUAGAAAGCACAGGUACAUCAAGAACUUUGUCUGA